CUAGCCUAGUAGGAUCCAGACCCGCCUAUCAGAAUAUAAGACUUUACCACCCCCUAGCCUAGUAGGAUCCAGAUCCCGCCUAUCAGAAUAUCAGACUCAACCACCCCUAGCCAAGUAGAAUCCAGACCACGCCUAUCAGAAUAUCAGACUCAACCACCCCUAGCCAAGUAGAAUCCAGACCACGCCUAUCAGAAUAUCAGACUUAACCACCUCUUAUCAGAAGGUUCCAGGGCGAGCAUAUCUGACUCAAUACUAUUUCCUUUUAUUUAUAGGGAAACAAGAACAUCGAGACAUUACAUACAUUACAUAAGGAAUCAUAAGGAAGUGAAAUCUGCAAGAGACCCCAUUGUGGGCCCCCCAGACCGCCCAGGCAGCAGGGUGCACAGCCCUGCCCCUGUUCUAACUAGACCUUUAAAUCCCCAUCUUCUACAUACAAUAACAGAAAAUACUGCAAUUGUACCAGAAUGUUUGACCCCCAUCAUCUUCAACUUUAACACUGCAAAACUAGAUCGAUCGAAUUUAUAAUGAACAAUACUUGCCCAACGACUUAUACAAUUUAUAAACUUUAUUUUAAGCAAUAUUCACUUACUGUACAUAAUCCAAUGAAAAAUAUUUUAUAUAUAUCUAUUUUGUCAUAAAUAAGUGCCAUGUUAAUCAAAGAAGAAAAUAAUAUAUUUUAUAAUAAUCUCAAUUAAAUUUUCAGACUGCUAUUUUUUUACAUACCAAUAUAACUGAAGUGUAGAAUAUAAUAAAUAUUUAGAAAAGCCAACCCCACAGCUAAAUUGGACACAUGAGAUUUGUAUUUAUGCAAAAUUGUCUUGAAAUUCAGUUAAUCAUUUUAUAUAGAUGCAAUGUUUAAAUUUCGAAUUUGUUUUUACAUUGCCGUUUCAUCAGUUUAAAAAAAGUCUAAAGAGGUUUGAGACGUCUCGGUUCUAGCCCUCAAAUUUCUUGAAUUUUUGUUAUAAUUGGGAAGAUAUUUUUGUUGUGGAUUUUUGGGGAAACUAUCGAUAUUUGGAAGUUAUGUACCUCUCACCCUGCCUCACCGUUUUUUAUAUAUUAUAGUUUCAGAUCUAUAAUGGAUGACGGUGGGACAACCUGGAUCCUAGAGCUAGAGGAAGCACUACUAGACGAGGUUCCUCCAGCUCAGCUCAAGGUUCUCCUGGCAGGCAGAGCUCUUCCCUCCUCACUCAGGACUGAUGUUUGGAGUCAUUGUCUAGACGUUAGCGGUAGAAAAUCCAAGCUUGAGAAAUUUGAUGAUGUUUAUGAUCAUCCCGAUCAGGCUCAGAUCCGCCAGGCGGCGCAGAAGUUCUCCGAUAUCCAGGCUGUAUCCGAGGUUGAGAGUAUACUCACAGUGUAUCUCAAGGAUACAGGAGCAAAGUUCCAGUCCAAAUACGUCGACCUUCUCACCCCCAUCACUAGGCUCAGUCUAACCAGGAACGAGAAGUACACUGUGUUCCAAACAAUCCUGGAGAGGUUUGUUCCAGUUGAGAGUGAUAAUUCCGACUCAGCUCUCUACCAUCUUUCCCGCCUUCUUCUUCUUUAUCAUGAUCCACAUCUCUGUAAUCAUAUUGAUUCAUUGAAGAUUAACUUUUCUGACUUUUCAACUUCUUGGUUUAGUUCUCUUCUCUCUGGAGAUCUUAGUCCGGAGAUCAGUGAACAGCUGUGGGACCUUUAUAUUGUUAAUUCAGAUGCUUGGUUAAUAUUCUUUAUGGUUAUCACGAUGCUCGUCAACUGUCGGGAUCAUAUACUUGAGAUUAAUAAUGACAGAGAAGAGCUGCUUGCAAGAUUGAAGAGAUUGCCUGGUCAGAUAGAAGCUGAAGAUGUUCCAGACCUUGUUACUUUAGCUCAGGUUUGGUCAGCUCGAACUCCUAGCUCAUUCAAAAGCAAGUAUUAUCACACAAUCUUCACAGCCCCUGACCCGGCUAGUGAGAUGGAGGUCAAAUCUAUUUUGUGUCUUCCGGUCAGUCCUCAGGAGGUGGUGAGCAGCGAACUUGUGAAUUCUCAAUUUUUUGUUGUUGAUUGCAGACCUGCAGAACAAUAUAAUUCAAGCCAUUUAUCCAGUGCCUUCCAUCUAGACUGCAGUCUUAUGCUCCAGGAUCCGACUCAGUUCAGUACAGCCUGCUCAGCUCUUCUAGGGUUCCAUCAAACAGCAGUGCUUGGGGGUCAAGGAGAACAUCUUGUAUUCCUGGAAGAGGGAAGGGGAUACAAGAGAGCCGUGAGUGAUUCAAUCUGCAGAAGUUUAACAGAACAAUCUUCAGAACACUCUAAAGACAAAUAUCUAGUGGAGGACAACAUGAAUAUGGCAGUUUCUAGGUUCCUCCAACAGCAUACCAAGUUCACCUCUAUCCUGGAGGGAGGUUUCCCCUCCCUACACUCAAAUACAUCCAGUAUUCAGACUAAGGCUCCUGAGGAGAAAACAGGAGGAGGUAAACCGGGAGAACCUGGUAAACUAGGUUUACUCAAGGAUAAUCUCAAAACCAAGUCGGAGAAUAUUAAAUCCAGUCUCCUCAACUAUAUUUAUAAUCCUCAACCUCAUGUCAGUCAUAUUCACAGGAACUCUAAACAGUACAAGGGUACGGGAGAUGUAUUCUGCUUGGAUGAGGACGAGGAUGAGGAGGGGAUAAGGACACUUGAGGACGUGAAGAGAAAUGUGGACACUGUCCACCUAGCGGAUUGUCAGAGGGUAAGUGAGACAGGACAGCUGACCAACUGCUUCCUUCUCCUCACCCGGACCCACCUCACCACCCUUGUCAACGGAGGGUCGGAGGACAAGCUGGCCACCGUCUCCUCCCACCAUCUCUCCACUAUUGUGAAGAUUACGAGUAAGAAGAGGCAGCCGGAGGUUAUCACGUUUAAGUAUGGAACCAGUAACAAGGAGGAGGUCACAGUAUUUGACAUGGACAGGUUUUUUAUUCCAACUGCAGGGAAAGUGACCUCCAUGGUAAAACAACAAAUUGAAAAGCUGAAGGACUCCUAGAAUCCACUAAAGGACUCCUAGAACUCACUAGAGGACUCCUAGAACAAACUACUGGACUCCAAGAACCAACGAAAGUACUUACAGUUAAAUCUAGGACAGCUUGAAAAAAAGAGUUUGAAUAAGAACACUUUUUCUCGUUGUAUCUUUAAAUUAGAGUGUUUAAAGAUUUGCCAUUUUUUAUUCAAAGUAAUAUUCCAAUGUCGUCUAGAAUUUUGAGGAUUUAACAAAAUUA